UGCGCCUUGCCGUAUCCCGGCACCCCUCGCGCGCCCCGCCCCGCCCCCGUUUCCCGGCGUGCCCCGCGCGCGGAACCCGGAAGCGGCCGCGGAACAUGGCGCAGGGGAGGCCCAAAGCGGCGGCGAAACGGCCCGGGCGGGGGAAAACGACCCCGUCCCGGGCGACGAAGGGGCCGAGGAAGGGAGGCCGGACCAUCGCCCCCAAGAAGGUCCGCGUGAUCCAGCAGCAGAAGCUGAAGAAGCGCCUGGAAGUCGCGAUCCGGCUGAAGAUCGAGCGCGAGGCCGGGCAGCGCGCGGGCAGCGCCCUCCCCCACGCGCUGGGGGGCGCGGCCGCCCCUCCCCAGGGCAAGGCCAAGAAGGGGCGGGGCUGAGCCCCUCCCCCCACCCCACCCCCCCCCGCCGGGACACGCCCCUCCCGGGCGAUGGGGGGCGGGGGGGGGGAUGUCACGAGCGCGUCCGUCCUCAGCCCCGCGGUCGGUGCCGAAUAAACGGGGUUUGGGGGGGGAGCGGAUGC